GCAGCGUAGUGACAGAAACCAAAGUCGCUAAAGUGGUUGGUCAAUCGCAGCUCUCCGUUCGUGCGUCGUUCCGUGUACCAGCUGGGAGAUACCGAUUUGUAUGAGGUAGCACAUUCGUCUGCCUUGGCUGUCGGAAACAGCCCGGUUUAACGAUCGGGUUGUCAAAAUUUAUUCGAAUAGGGACUCCGCGUCCUUGGCAUGCCAAAUGACGAUUGCAUAUCAGGUGCGCGUUGGUCGCCUUGUAGUAACCGAUUAUCUCUGCUUGGAUCCUUGAAAUGCUAAAAGCACCUUCAAGAAUUAGCCCAUGGAUGACGAUCCCGCUAUGUCGACGACGUCUAACGACUUUGACCUAAGCGACGCACUUGCCAAGAGCCAUUUCUACACUGGCCUCAUAUUGGCAGUCAGCUCGAGUGCCUUUAUUGGCACCAGCUUCAUUGUAAAAAAGAAAGGUCUCCUACGCAUCAACAGCAAGGGCCAGACAAGAGCAGGAGCUGGGGGCUAUGGUUACCUCAAGGAAUGGGUGUGGUGGGCCGGGCUCAUCCUCAUGGCUGUCGGAGAAGCUGCUAACUUUGCAGCUUAUGCUUUUGCACCGGCAUCGCUUGUCACCCCACUAGGUGCCCUCAGUGUCUUAGUCAGUGCCAUCCUGUCUUCCAAGUUCCUCAACGAACGGCUGAACCUCAUUGGGAAAGUUGCGUGCCUUCUGUGUGUGCUUGGCUCCACGGUGAUCGUACUGCACAGCCCCAAAGAGGGCAAUGUUGAAAGCAUGGAAAUGCUCGGCACCAUGAUUGUCGAACCUGCAUUCAUAGUGUAUGUGAUCUUUGUGGUGACGGCGGCCAGCAUCCUGAUGGUGAUCUACGCGCCAAAGUACGGCACCUCCAACGUGGUGAUCUACGUGGCCAUCUGCUCGGUCAUCGGCUCCCUCUCUGUCAUGGGUUGCAAAGGCCUGGGCCUGGCGCUGCGCGAGACCUUUGCCGGCCGCAACGAAUUCACCUCCUGGGUCACCUGGGUCUGCCUCGUCGGCGUCAUCAUCUGCAUCUCGGUCCAGAUGAACUAUCUCAACAAGGCACUGGACGUCUUCAAUACCUCCGUUGUCACUCCCAUCUACUAUGUAUUCUUUACGACGUUUGUGCUAAUUGCGUCGGCCAUCUUGUUCAAGGAAUGGGGAAACAUGAGCGGCGAAGAUGUGCUUGGCAGCCUCACAGGCUUCAUGACAGUGGUGUGCGCCAUAUUCCUGCUAAACGCCUUCAAGGACUGGGAUGUGUCCCUCUCCAGCCUCCAGGGUCUGCUCCAAAGCACGCGCGAACAGCAGCAGCAGCGCGGCAUUAUUGACGGCACUCUGCCAGACUUGACCACCGCCCUGCUAGACUCCCCGCCGGCCUCUUCGCAUCGGUCAUCAGUCCUAGUCUCUACUAGCCCAAGUUGUCCGUAUGAAGAGCCAGCACUCCAUUGUAAGGAAGCUGUUUUCAUUCCAUCAUCAUUUUUUUUUUCUUUCUCUAGAAUAGUAGACAAGCCUGUUGGAGUCAGUUUAUUGAGCUGGAUUGGUUAACGCAUUAUGUAUAAAUGUGGUCGAUUGUUAAUUGUGCACUUUUGCUGACUAUUCUUUACAUGAACAUUUUUUAUUUCUCAGUGUGUUUGCACUGUAUGUACAAAAUAGCAGUUUCCUAGCCAAGUUUAUGUUUGUUAGCCUGGUAUUUAUGAUUCAUUGCAUGUUAUGUAUGCAAUGCAUGUUACAGUACGUGGUCGAGUAGCAGGCAUUGGUAACCGAUGUUUCACAUUGUUCAGGCUCAGUAAUUACUUGGGCAUUCUUUGAAGACUUUCAUGACCUAAAACAUAGCUAAGUCCUCCCAAUAACCAGUGCAACACCUUGUACGUUUUUGCCUGUUUAUUUGGCACUGUGGAUGCCAAGUUAACUAGGUUCACUAGAGUGGGUAUGGAAGUUUCAGGGGAGGCUUUAGUAAAUUUUCAGCCAUCACUCCACAGUAUCCCGAUGUUGACGCAGAACUUUGUCUCAAGUCGUGCUGCGACUACCAUUCUGUACUGUAUGUUGCAUCAAGUGGGAGAGCCCAGUGCAAAUACCUCUUCCAACUAAACCACUGGAUUGUCUGUGCUCAAAUUUUGCAGCAAUGCUAGUUUUUAUAGUGGCUUACAGUGCCCAUCAUCUUCCGGAAUGCCAGCUAAAAAAGCUAAGCUUCUGAGUGAGAGAAACAGUAUCGCCUUCUGUCCUCGGGGAGUGAAAUGCCGGCCAUGGAGCCAGAGAAAUGCGAAGCUACUUUACUCUCCUGGUGAUAGAUGACAUCGCGUUUUGUUCUUUUUAGCAAAAACUUCGUUUAUCCAACGCCACCACAGACAGUGUAUGUACACUGUAUCCAGGCAUGGUAAUAAACAAAACCAUGACAAAAUUUUACUAUUGAUGAGCCAGCUGUUUAACUGGAAAAGUUGUUUGCUUCCUUACUAAUGCAGUGUUACAGCAGAAUCUUUUUCAUAUGUUUUGAAAUGUAUAUAGUAUAAUGAAGAGGUAUUGUGUGGGAAACCUUAUAAUCCAGUUUGAUAUCAGUGUUCUUUGUCGGACGAUAACGUGAUUCAGGAAUGUAUCAGCAAGGCUCAACUAAGUCAGAUAUGUUAAUGCCAACUGUGUCUUGCAAGUGCCUAUAGUGUACUUGCAAUUUUUUUUCCCCCGUGGUAUUCUAUUAAGGUGUUUAGGUCGCUAAGUACAGUUUUGUUAGCUUGAUGUCUUUCAUGUACAGCGAGCCACAGUUUGUAUUUCAUAUUUUCUAUUGCACUGCCCUGCUUUGAACAUUUUCUGUGAUGGUGAAUUUUUAUGCAGAUCGUGAAGAGUUGGUGCUUUACUUAAAUAUGGCCUAAUAGUGUUGCUAUUUGCCUUUGUGAGGUCAUUACUUGAUUUCUAGAAAGUUUUAACAUGACCCUUAAGUGCAUUCAUGGUCAUCUUUUAAACGAGCAACUUCUGUAGACAUGUUUCGUGCCGCGCAGGCCACGGUACACAUGCCAGACGAGGGGGUGCAGAAAUAUAGCUGUAAAAAUAGAGGUUAUACUAAUUAGCUAUGUUUUCUUGACUACUUAUAAAAGCCCAAAUUUAUGCGCAUCUUUGCAGACUGCUUGCAAGGUGUUUUUGAAAGCAUGUUUGAAUGCAUACCACCUUGCAUCACUCAACCGUUGUGUACUGUACAGUAAGGUUCAUUCAUAAAUGGAACACCCUAGAAGCAUAAAGACUUGUACAGGUUCAACAUUCCUAUAACUUCAAAAAAGUGGGUAACAUAAAGUGUAAGGCAUAAAGGCUUGUGCAUAAAAGAUAGUUUCCAGGCUCAUGUCAGCUGAACUGUAAUCAAUAGCAGAAUACUCAGUGUUCCGAUUCAGAAUGGGCCAUACUGUACAAUGCGUGCUGAACUGCAAUGUUUUUUUUUUGUUUUUUUUUCAUUCGUUUGUAUAGUUUCGUGCACUUAUGAGGGCAGCCAUAUAACCUUGGUUUUUCCCUCCCAAAAUAUGAAUUACAGUUUAUUCAGUGCUAUUGUUUAAGAGGUUACACAUUGUGUCGCUAAAAAGUUGGAAAUGUAGAGAAUUCAGGAUGGCUGCAGUGCUGUGUUAAGGUCUGGAUGCCACCUUGUGUUAUCUUCAUCCAUUUUGAUCACACUAUAACUGUUUGGUCAUGCUUCUCAGUACCAGCCACACAGGAAGACAUUACAGGAGCACUGACUUGCCCAUCGCGCGAUGCAUUUGAUGAGAGCAGGAAACAUCUCAAUAACAAAGUAGGCCUAGUUACACUCCUUGCUAGUUAUAUGCAACAGUUGGCCUACUCCAGCACUUGCCGAAGUCGCCAAAACGUUAUAAGAGGGUGCAGCAGUGUUGCAUGGCUGAUGCUAGGUGCCAGUGCUAAAUGUCAACACCACUGUGUUGAUGCCCUGCACCUGGUUAUUUGCAUCUCUAAAAAGGGAUUGGCUUACUUCUGCACUUGCAGAUAUUGCCAUGGUUGCAAACAUUGCCAUCAUUGUAAGAGGAUACAGGCGCCAUGUUGCGGUGACUGAUUUUUCAUGUCACUGGUAAAUGUCAACACCACUCAUAUGUUCCAUGGCUAAAACAUUCUUUGUUAGUUAUCUUGUGUUGGAAUAGGCUCAUUUGGCUGGCAGUUUGCCUCUUUGCAGACUUGAAGAUAUUACCAACAUUACCAGCAUUGUAAGAUGGUACAGGAUGAGUCAGCACUCCUGUUGAUCUUGCUCUGUGGCAGUGGUCUCCACGAGUAAGUGCUACACAAAGUCAAACUCCCCAAAGACGUCCAGACAUUUGUAAUACAAACACACAGGUUUGACUGAGUGUGUGACAAGUUGAGUGCAUGGUUGUGGAAGUGACAAUGUAGAGGUGUGAAGUGUUUGUAUAAACAUUGUAAUGGGUAGUAGUUUUUAACAUAGCUUUUCUUCUCACUUUUCUGGGUGCAAAGUGCUUAUAGUGAGAGUGCAAUGUAGCAUGAACAAUGUACACAGAGAAUAGAAAUAUAAUUUUGUCAUGAUUUUAGCGUACGGUUGGUCAUUUCUGAUGACUGUAAAUAGCUAGUGUCAAACCACAGCAGCAACAAAAUUGCAGUUCAAGCAGCUGCAGCUGCCUAUCAUACAACACUGGUCAUGCAACUUGACUGUCAUGGCAGCUGGUCAGCCAAGAUGCCCACUCAUUGCAUAACUAUAUGUAGCCUUUGCAAACAGUUUUCAUUUCUUGGAAUUCCUAAGGUGUGCUUUAGGGGUGUCCAUCUUCAUCGAAGUUAUUCACAUUCGAAGAGUUCAUUUUUGUGCACGAAGGUACCGAACUUAAAGCUGUCUUUCUUCAGUGUGCUUCAGUGAGCCGUAAUGCUUAUCUCUAUUAAAGAUUUUUGGUUGUGUUUGUUAUUGACUGUUGAUGCCUUUUCUAGCUCGAUAGAAGUAUCUGCAACUGCCUCCAGUGUUGCAGAUGUUACAGAUUUUAAGCAUUGUGAAUAGGUUGUUGUUUGCUGCAUGUGGGCAAACUUUGCACCUUAGAGUGUACUGAUUUGUACAGUGUGCCAUGAAAAAUAGCAGAACAACGUGCCAUGUGCAAUUAAAAAACUGUGUACAGUGUACACUCAGCUACUGAGAAAAACAAAUAAAGCUACAAUUCUCGCCCAACCUGCACAUGCAGCCUAAAUUUGUAGUGCGCAGGCUGCAGCCUUCAUUCCUGUGACAUACACUUUAAGGCAUUGUUUGGUCAUUUUAAUCAAGCAAAAGAAAGAAAAACAUUAAUAUAUGUGAAAAGUGUAUAUUUGAAUCACUCCUUGAAUAGUCGUUAUGAAGUAAGGCAGUCUGGGGACCCAUCAAUUUUGUUGCAUGAGUAAUGAAACACCCAAAAUAUUGCACCUUGCACAUUCUUGGUAUACCUAUGCAGAAAGCAUCAUGUGAUGUGACUGGUGUUCCUCGAUGACUUUUAAACGUUUGUAACCUCUACCAGGGCCCUCUAGUAUUGUCACACUUAAGUAUGUUACCUUUCCUAGCUUUGCUUGACUCUUAUGAGCAGUCCUCCACAAGUAUGCUCCGCACAAUGUGCAACUUGUGAUACUGCAACAUGAUGGCUGAACAGUGUUUAAACUUUUGCGUCAAAGGAACAAGGUACAUCUCAAGAAUUCUGGUGGUGUGCAGGUGCCUCAAAAAAUACCCAGAUGUUUAUAAUAAGGCUCUGUGAUCCUGUUCCAAUCCUUUUUUUUUUUUUUUUUUGAAUCCCCAUGUCCUGCAAACACUGUUUACACAACUCCAGGCAGUCUGUUUCGAAGAUCAAACAAUUUUUUUUUCUGGCCGAUAUGCUUACAUUUUCAUUACUUCAUUCUCACUUAUUUUCUCUCUCUCUCUGUCUUUUUCAGCUGUGAAGGCUAUAGCAAUCGAGGUAGUACAAACUGAUUUUUCUUGGAAAACGCUACAUACUAUCUGUGUUGUGAAUUUCUUCCAAGCAGGGUGACCAGUUUUAAUUGAGAUAAUCAGAUAGCUUUCUCAAAACAAGUCUGAGCAAGCAGUGUUGCCUCUCCAACGAUAACAAAUGCAGGUGAACUUUUUCUUCGUGGUCAAUACAUGAAAGGCCAACAUAAUACAUACCACAUUCAUAAAUCUAAGCCAACCCCGAAGUCUUGUGACAUAUGUAUCCUGUAAAUCAUCUGCUUAGAUAGAAAUACUAAAUAUGGUACUUUGUAUGUUACUAUACAUGCUUGGAUUUGUUAAAACGAUUGAGGGAAAAUGGUAACAAACUUCUCCUAAUUAAGUACCAUCUGUGAUUAGCCAUUGCCACUGCAACCAUCCCACUAUCACACCGAUUGCUAUAAUGAUCACCCAAUGCCCAACUGCUGGCCAAUCAGGAGCACUACACAGGAGAAGUUCUGUGAAUUUGAAUCCAGGUGAUUGUCAUCAUUGAUUACAACCCUUGUGCUAAGCUAAGUGCCAAGUCAUAGUCUUAGCUUGUUCUUGUUUCCGAUGAGAGUUGUGUGCCUAUGUAAAAUGGCCCACUCAUGGCCACCUCAAAAUUUCGACAUGCAGAAAUGUUCGUAGAGAUGAAAAUGAACAUUAGCAGACCCUCCCUUUGUAUUUAACAAAAAUGUACAAACACGAACGAACCAGAUGUGCUCUGAAAUAUGUGACUCGGAACAAAAAGCCCAAAUCCGCUUAUAUAUCAAUGGGCACAGGUCACCCUGCUUGCUGGGGAAGUACUCUCGGUCGGUUACUUUCGAGGAUACAAUCUCUUUCACGAGAUUUCACGUGACUAGCACCGGACACGUUGGCGCCCACAUGCAACAGCAUUUCUGGUACAGAGCCAAGCACGCUUAGCACAGUGCCAAGAAUGCGCCGUUUCCCCAUAGACGCUGAUGUAUCUGGUGUUAGUCAUGUGAAAUCUCACAAAAGUGAUUGUAUCCCCCGAAGUCAAUGACUGAGAAUACUGCCCCUGCACAGCCAUGUUUACUAUGCCCCCAUUACACGGCGUACAAUUUACGAGGUCAUGAAAUGUUCCUUUACUGCAGCAUCUGUCGGUUGUGUGUGACCGAAUAGCCUUACUUUUAUGUGACUUUCCCAAACCAUGGUGUACAGAGACAAUUGGUUGCAGACAAGUUGCGCGACAAUGUUGCUUUUCAGCGGUGUUAAAAUUUUUCCAGUUGUACAUCGUCUUUUGUACUGAGCAUUGCGACAGCUGCUGCAGUAACCAGGAGAGUGACGUUUUUUUAACCCAGCAAUGGUUUUGGCUGUGUGUUGUGUCUGUGUGAUUGAUGAAGUUGCAAGAGAGCAGGCUUUUGCUGGUUAGCUCUGAAGAGUGUAGUAGAGGCAUCAGUUUUAAUUGUUUUCAUCAUUAAUGCAGCACAGGCAUGCCCUUUGGCUACGAAUUGUAGUACAGGAUCUGCCAAAGUAUGCUAGUUACCAUAUUUGUACAUACAUAAUGUACCUCGUCUUGAAUGUAAUGUGGUAGGGAGAGCUUUUUAUUAUAUAGAAUUUUUUUUUUUUGUUUCUAAAGGAGCCAGUUUCUUACAGUUUUAUAUCAAAUCAGUUUAUGUGGUACAGUAAGUGUACCCACUUCCUUCGGUGUAGUAUAGACACAUUGUUUGCAGUGUGGAUGCGUAUGUUUACUUUCGUCAAAAUUGUUUCGUGUGUCCUAUUACUUUGGAAUUGCUCAUUGGUGCACAUUUGAGAUCACCCUUGCUACAAUCUAGUUGUUACAGUAUUGCACAUACAAUCCAGCUUUGUGCUAACACCAGCAUUAGGUUGGAAUAAAUACAGAUGCAACAGAAUCCUUUAUGCCUACUCUUAGCAAUUUAUAAAUGCUCUUAGUGCUAAUUAAAUAUUUAGACAACCUGCACUUGCCUAACCAGAGCAACUACUGAGGCUGUGUGUGGUAGCUACAUAGUAUUGUUAUGUGGGGUGCAUCACCCUAAAAAAAUCUGAUACAUGUCUAGGAAUUUCUUAUUAUGCUGCAUAAUUUAAUGGUACUGACUCUUCUCUCACUUCAAGUGUGAGAAACAUUGAACGUUUGAUGCCUCUGCUUUUUAAGUUGAGCUAAAGGGAACCUGCUAAAAGAACUGUGCCGUUCUUGCAACACGAACAGCUUGGUCAGCGAUCCUAGACUGGGCUGUUUGGGAAAUAAGUGCCAGUGACUUAUGUUUGGUACCCAUGUAGUUGCCUCAUGUUUACUACCUACGCAGUCCUGUGCGAGUGUCAAUACAUCUUGGGAUGACAAACCUAGUGAUAGACCUUGAACACAAUUGUAUAUACGUUACAAGGGUGUUUAAAAUUUCUGGCCAUGCUGCUCGAGCAAUCCAAAUAAAAUAUUCGCUUUUUCGAGUUUGUGUCGUGCAUGAGUGUGCCAGAUGUGAUGAUAAAAAAAAGUGCUUAAUGUACAGUACAAUCCAUUUUUAAAAGGAACACAUAGUCUGUAUUCAAAAUAGCAUAACCUGAAUGUACAAUCAACUUUUUUGAAAAGAAAGUGCUAGAUGUGGCACGUUAGGUAGACCUAUGUAACAAUAAAACAUUUCCGAGGCCUACAUGUCAUAACUGUGCUGUAAUCAUUCCCAAAAUACUAAUUUGGUAUUGCCUUUAACAGUGAACCGCACUGUACAAUUUGCAGUACAAUAUGUCUUGUGGUUAUUGUUUGGUAAAUGCUCAUGGACAGGUUUGAUUGAAACUUUACUAUAUUAAGCUUGGUCGAAAGUUGAAUUAAAUUGCACCUGUCAAAUAAUUUUUGUGUUUGUGGUCACCAUUGUUUGCCAGAGUAAUGGUACUGCACCAGUGUAUGUAUCUUUAUGGUGUCAAUAAUGAUUGUCUUAAUGGAAGCACAAGACAAAACUUACUUCAUUAAAAAAAGAUUUAACUUAGCAUAGUUGGUAUGCUGACCUUGACUAUUUGAAAAACUGAUUUGGACAGCCAUAAGUCAUCAAACAGCAAUAUUGCAUGGAAUAGUGUAAAACUGUAUAAUUUCGGGAAUUUUUAUUUUCUCUAAUGUCACGAAAAUCAUGCAAAGGUUAGGCAACAAAAAAGGACACUAUGCUGAAAACUAAAAUAUUUAUUUUGCCGGUUAGUUCUGCUGGUUACAGGCAAGCCGAUGCAUCCUUCGGACAAGAAGUGAUGCAUGCAGAACAGGUGUGGCUCAAUUGCCACGCACAAGGCUAAACAUACUGCACCGUUUUGAAAAGGCACUUAUCGUAAAAAAGAACUAAAACGAGGAGCAGUUCUUGCAGCCCAAGUGAGCCAUGCGGCGCAAUCCCAAAAUCGCAAAGUUAAGUUGCCUCGAAUAUAUCCACAGUCCUCAAUUCGCAAAAAUUUGUGGCCGUGAAAUUUUAGCAUUAUACAGUAUCUCAAUUUCACCAGACACAUGCCAACAUUUAAAAAUACCUAUAACGGCAUUAAGAACCAUUCUUGUUGAAACAGGAUGCCUAGGUACUAGAUAGGAAAGCAGCUGGAAUUGGCAUUUAUUUCUUUUGUCCUGUAGAAGCAUAUAAGCUUCAUGGUGUAACAAGACUAUGACCUUGUGUAAAGUUCAACACAGUAAACGGAGCGAAUGACAUAGUAUCAUCUGUGCUGUUUGCCUUGACAGCGACCACACCAAAAAAGUUUGAUAUACCUGCUUCAAAGCUCCUGCCUGGAUUAUACAUCUGGUGCUCAGACCUUGAUGCUUUCACAUACGCUUAAGUUUCUGACUAACAUGAAUGUGGCCAGACUUUUGCUUGUGUUUGCAUUGUAAACAAAAUAUGAAUGGGAGCAGUAUUCUUUGUCAAUCAUUUUUGCAAGAUUUUGCGUAACUUAGCCCUGGACGCAUGGCCAGCUAUGACUAACGGCGUUUAUGGCACUGUGCUAAACACUGUCACCCGUAGGAACCAAACACGUCCGAUGCAGAGUCAUGUGAAAACUUGUAAAUGUGAUCAUAUAUCCAAAAGUGAUCAGCCAAGAAUGUGUGACCAGAGAUGUUACUUAUUUUCUGCCUGAAAUUCUUGCCCCAUCAGAGCAAGAACACUGGUGUUCCUGCAUUCCAUCUAUAAAACUGCGAAAUUGAGUCUGAAAAAUACUUGGAAUUAACACAGUGCCCAUUCAAACAUCACAUGAACAAUUUUUCUAAGGGCAAAAAAAAAAAUAUUUAAUGGUGCAGCAGUUUCACAAGUUUGUCUCGUGCAGUAAAUUGUGAAAGUGCUAAAACUGAGCUGCCACACGCCAAGAAUGCAAGUGUUAUGCAUCUUCACUUUGUAGUUUACCGGAAAUGAUGGCUUGAAAUUCAUAGUCAGACCUCAUACCGAAAUGAGAUAUAACAAAAUAAUGUAUAUAACAAAAAAAAAUGAAAUUCCCCUUGAAAUGCCCAUUGAGAUUCAUAUUGCAGUACAUGCAAUAAUGGAUAUAACAAAAUAAUUUUGGCUCCCCCUUCAACUUCGUUAUAACAAGUCUUUACUGUAGUCAUUUUUGAAGAUUCUUGUCAAAAGUGCAUGUCGCUGCCUUGUUUCCAGGCUGAAUGCAAACUGAACAGAGACGUUAUCAACCAUUGGGAAGAAAGCACUGUGUAAGAGCAGGUGCCGACCGUCAUCUCAUCUCACCCGAACGGCAAAUUUGUACAUAUUAAAGCAUGACGUCCGUGAUCAAAGA